GGUGGCUCUGGUCUCUCCUUCCUGGUCCUGCGGGGCAGGGACUGUUUAUAGGACUCUGGGAGGGGGCCGUGCCGACUGCUCGCCCAGGUGCCCCCCGACCUGGCUUCAUGGCUCUGGUUACAGUGAGCCGCUCGCCUCCGGCCAGCGGCCACUCCACGCCUGUGGAGCCCACGCAGGACCCAGCAGUCCAGCGCAGAAGCCGGCUCCAGCGCAGGCAGAGCUUUGCGGUGCUCCGUGGAGCUGUCUUGGGACUGCAGGACGGAGGGGACAGUGGUGAUACACCUGAGGAUGGCUCUGAGCCAGUGAAGAAACCCCCGGGUGAGGAACCGCUCCACAGUGACCAGCCAGACAAUGGGCAAGGGCCCCAGAAACAGACACAGAGGCAACACCUGCACCUCAUGGUAGAGCUGCUGAGGCCACAGGACAACAUCUGCCUGGCAGCCCAGCUGGAGGCAGCCCGGCCCCCGAGGCUUCGCUACCUGUUGGUGGUCUCCACAGGAGAAUGUGUGAACCAAGAGGAGACAGUCCUCCUGGGGGUGGACUUCCCUGACAGCAGCUCCCCCAGCUGCACCCUGGGCCUGGUCUUGCCCCUCUGGAGUGACACCCAGGUGUACCUUGAUGGAGAUGGGGGCUUCAGUGUGACAUCUGGUGGGCAGAGUCGAAUCUUCAAGCCCAUCUCCAUCCAGUCCAUGUGGGCCACGCUUCAGGUGUUACACCAGGCAUGUGAGGCGGCUCUAGGCAGUGGCCUUGUGCCAGGUGGCAGUGCCCUUGCCUGGGCUGCCUACUACCAGGAAAGACUGAACUCUGACCAGAGCUGCCUCAACGAGUGGAUGGCCAUGGCUGACCUGGAGUCCCUGCGACCUCCUAGUGUGGAGCCUAGCCACGACUCAGAACAGGAGCAGAUGGAGCAGGCCAUCCGGGCUGAGCUGUGGCAGGUGUUGGAUACCAGUGACCUGGAAAGCAUAACUUCCAAGGAGAUCCGCCAGGCCCUAGAGUUGCGCCUAGGCUGCCCUCUGCAGCAGUACCGUGACUUCAUCGACAACCAGAUGCUGCUACUCAUGGCCCAGCAAGACCGGGCCUCCCGCAUCUUCCCCCACCUCUACCUGGGCUCUGAAUGGAAUGCGGCCAACUUGGAGGAGCUUCAGAGAAACAGGAUAAGCCAUAUCUUGAACGUGGCUCGGGAGAUUGACAACUUCUACCCCGAGCGCUUCAUCUACCACAACGUACGCCUCUGGGAUGAGGAGUCAGCACAGCUGCUGCCUCACUGGAAGGAAACACACAGCUUCAUCGAGGCUGCAAGAGCACAGGGCACCCGGGUGCUGGUCCACUGCAAGAUGGGAGUCAGUCGCUCGGCUGCCACCGUGCUGGCCUAUGCCAUGAAACAGUAUGGCUGGGGCCUGGAGCAGGCUCUGCUCCAUGUGCAGGGGCUCCGGCCCAUCGUUCGCCCCAACCCUGGCUUCCUGCGCCAGCUGCAGACCUAUCAGGGCAUUCUAACUGCCAGCCGGCAGAGCCAUGUCUGGGAGCAGAAAGUGGGUGGGGUCUCCCCAGAGGAGCCUCUGGCCCCUGAAGUCUCUACACCAUACCCACCUCUUCCACCAGAACCGGGGGGCAGUGGGGAGGUGAAGGUUAUGUGCCUGGAGGAAAGUCAGGCGAUCCCAAAACAAGAGCCUGGGCUGCGGCCCCGUAUCAACCUCCGAGGGGUCAUGCGGUCCAUCAGCCUCCUGGAGCCCUCCUCACAGUUGGAGCCAGAGAAUGUCUUGGAGGCUGCUGACCUGCCUGAGGUUUUCUCUUCCCAUGAGUCUUCAGAGGAAGAGCCUCUACAGCCCUUUCUUCAGCUCUCAAGAGGCAAAGGAGGCCAUAGGCUCUACAAGGGGCCUUGGCCUGCCCUGAAGUCCCGCCAGUCUGUGGUUGCCCUGCAAAGUGCUGCCCUGGUGGCCAGCCGGGCCCGGGCCUUCCAGGAGCAAGAACAGGGAGAGGGCCAGGAGCAGGGGCAGGGGGAGGCCAGCAUGUCUAGCACGCCCAGGAUCCGGAAGAUGGUGAGACAGGCGAGUGUGGAUGACAGCAGAGAGGAGGGUGAGGCCUGAGCCCUCACACACUCAUGUUUCCCUAGACACUAAAUAGAGACCGAGCUUGGCUUCUCAGAUGGGCACCCCUCAUACCUGUGGGUUACAUGUUCCUCUUAGCGCUUCCCUACCAGUUCCCAGACCUGUCUCUACAGCCUCCUUUCCUACGGCCUUAGGUCUCAGUCCCAUGUCCACCUAUCAAGGGCUCAAAACUUUAUAUUGGGAUGUGGGUAGAGCUACUAAAGGUGCCUUUGGGGCAACAGCACCCUAGUUUCAUUUUCAGCUCACCCUAAAACACUCACCUGCAGCCAUGGAAUCAAAACCAGAGCUUUUCAAAGCAAGUUUUCUGGCUCCUCCACUCCUGUCAGCUGCACCCUGCUCCUCCCACCCUCUGCACUGUACCCCUCCAGGCAGUUAGGCCAGGGGACCCAAAGGCCGACGGGCCCCUCAGUCCCCAGCCUCACCACCGGUCCUCCCAUGGCGCUCACUGGGUCACAGGGCAACAGGCCAAAAAGAGUCUUCUUGUUGAUAAAGGCCUCUGGCCAGUCACUUUUUCAUAGUCUUAUA